AGUUCAAGGAAGGGUCAACCUACUCGCAGUCUGUUACAAUGAAAAUGUAUGGAAUAUACUGGGACCGACAUUUCAUACAUCUUCAUUGUCUGUGGAUUGUCGGCUGUGUUGCCUCCUCAUCCCUUCCUUCCAUCCCUGUCUCCAUCUCUUCCCCUGUGGGAAGCCAAGCCAUCCUUCCCUGCAAGUGGAAGUCCCAGCUAGAAAACAUCCCAGUUUGCCAUGUCCAGUGGCAGACACCCGAUGAGACUGUGUUUGAACAGAAGGGGGAGCAACGGUGGCAGGCAAGCGAGUUUGAGGGGCGGGUGGAGGUACCUGAGGAAAAGCUGUGGGAGGGCGACUGCUCUCUGAUCUUGCGUGACGUGCAGUUUGGGGAUGUGGGGCUUUACGAGAGCUUCAUGGUGGUUGACAGGGCACGUAUGAAGAGGCGGGUGUUCAUCCAGAGUGUCCAGCUCUCAGUCCAUGACCACAAGUCCAAGCAGUCCUUGAGGGUGGGUGGAAACCUGACCCUGAAGCUCCACACUCCCCAGGCCAUGAGAGUGGUCUUCCAGGGGAGGAACAGCACAGAGUUGACGGUCCUGUGGAUAAGGGGUGAAGAGGACAACAGGGGUUGUCUUGAGGAGGCUGAACGGUUGGUGGUCCUCAAAGGGUUAAGGAUGGACGACUGUGGGACCUAUAAGGUGUUGGAUUCCCAUGGGCUGUCUGUUAGCACUGUUGAACUUACAGUGGAAGCAUGUCCCACAAAGGUUGUUAAAACUCCACAUUUCCCUCAGAUCGAGGAUAAACAAGCACCUGUAGGUAAAUCGACAUAUAACAGGUCCUCCUCUCUGCUCAUGUUAUUUGUCCUGCUGUUCAGUCCCCUGAUUCAACAUCUCCUCUAACAACGAUCGGCCAUGUAAGCGAGGUUUAAACCUAUUGGGCCGGUUUCCCAGACCGUCUGCAAUAUUUCUUACACCCUAGGCCAAAUCAGCAAAUCAGAGUGCUUUCCCCCUGUGAAAACAGUGACAUUCAAAAAAACAGAAAUGUAAGAAAUGCAAAUAAGAUUUGGUUGUAGUCUGGCCAAUGUGUUCCAGGGCAUUUAAUAAAAUAAUACAAAAUAAA